AUCUUAUAACCCCGCCAGAAAUAAAACAUGAGAUUAUGGAGAACCUCUAUAUGGAUCCUUCUACUUUCUGUCAGCGUUUCUACAAAUUAGACGAAGAUUCUGUUAUUUCUGCGCGUCGCUUUUUAGAAAAUCCGAAUAAUAAUAAUCAAUUUUGUUUUGAGUGGAGGAAUGAAUUGGUUACAGCAAUUGGAUUCAUAACUCCUUUGCUAACUAAACUCUUACCUGUGUUGAGUAUCCAUUGUGAUGCGACCUACAAAACAGUUAAAGAACGAUUUGAGCUCUAUGGAAUUAUCAGUAAUGCUAAUGGCGCAGGAUUUCCAAUUGCGUAUUUGUUACUAAAUACUACGAAAGCAUUCGACAAUGAAGAACAAACAGAGCUACGAACAAAAGCACUUGCCGGCUUUCUUCGCUCUCUUCACAACAAGAGGUUAGAACUGCAGUACUUCUUUACUGACAAAAAUUUCGCUGAGAUCAAUGCCGCAAAAGAAGUGUGGCCAAGUAUUAACGUGCAGCUCUGUCUGUGGCAUGUAGAAAGGGAAGAAUUUUCAUCUUCGUACAUAUUAAUUUCUGGAAAUGGAUCAGUGAGUUCGUUAAUCAGGUGA